UGGAAGCUUGUGUUUACUGGAACAAUCAUGAAGACGCGUGCAUUUAUCCCGUACACAGGCUCCGCUGAAGAAAAAGUUAGGAUGAAGGUGACUCGCGGCACACCACUGGGCGUCGUCAUUCGACCGCAGCGCGGUCGACGUGGAAACCGGAGUGUUAUUUCCUGGUCCCUCUUGCUGUGCUUGCUCUCAAAAAAUAGAAAUUCGCCCUUGAUUGCCUCAUCUCCAGCUUCAACACGCACUCUCCCGCCCUUGAGCCCCGAUUCCCCCUCAGAGAUCCAAAUUCGUCGACAAGAAGAUGCUCUGUUUCUGCGUUCUUCCGCCGACAGCGUCGCUCAGGAACCGUCAGAGUAUCCGCCACUGCUCAGUCCAAUUCCAGCUUUUCUUCCAGCUUUCGCGGGGUUCCUUGGGGCUGAGAAGACGGACCGCGACGCUUCAGUUGCCAUGAACGAGAGAAUGCGCCCCAUCGAAGCACUGAUGGCUCAGGAUCCUGCAUACAUUCUCCUGCAGGCGAAGGAAGAAGCGAAAAUGCGUGCUAAAGAGAAAGAAAAAAUGGAAAGGAAGGCACGUGAAAAAGUGGAGUAUGAGGCUUCUGUGCCGCCACUGUUCGAACUCGACUGGUCAGGAGGGCCGAUAGAUCUCGACUCGAUCAUCGCUGCCGACGCGGAGAAAGGCAUUUUUUGGGCUCAAAAAGCCCUUGCAAGAAAGCUGCACGAAAUAUCUGCAACAGAGGCAGUUGAAAUGACAUCUCGGAUCCAGUUUGCAUGCAACAAUCGUCUGCAGGGAAUCUUUCGGACAGCCAAGACCACCGGCGGAUUUCGGCUCCCGAACACGGGAGGAAACCCUUACUGGCAAAUUCCAGCUAUCCAGAGCUUCAUGGCGCAACAGCUGACUCGGGAACACGUAAACCUUUCCAUUGAUGAUUCAGAGUUGAAGAAAUAUGUCUUCCGGAAUGAGAGCUUGCCAUGGAACGUAGCGACGAAAUCGGAGUCCACGGGCAGGCAAAACGAGACGACACCGGCGGAAACGAGUCCCGCAUGGAAACACCCAGAUUCAUCGAGGCGAAAAGCACACGAUGACGAUGGCUUUUGACAAAGCACAGACGCAAAUCACAACGGCGGGAGUUGAAUGCCCCUUUCCGUGGGUCGUCUAUUGAGAGUGAAAGUAGGCAAAAUGCAAAGCCUUGUCGGCGCGGCCUCUCCCACCGGUCGUGGCAUUCAACUUUCCAGCAAACCCUGGAUAGAAGGAUAUCGGAUAAGUUUCGUGCUUUGCAUUAAGGCAUCCGCAUCGGGGAUGACGGUACAACAAUAAUGAGAAAACCAAUACGAGACCUGGCACUAGAGAGUGCGUGCUUCGUUGGGUUUUCAUGGUGGUAGGACAUGUAUUGGGACUGCACUCUUUCACGAAAAACAGAGGGGGGAAAUGAGUUGAAGCGCG